AAUGUUUCCUUGUAUUUCUCUUACAGAAGGUGCGAUCUGGAAUCUCUGAAUGAUGCACAGGAUAUUGAGAGCUUGAUCCCUAAGGGGAUUUCGGAGUCAACAAAACAGCAGAUCCGUUACCUUCUGGAGAUGAGAGCCACAGCUGAUAAGUCCAUGCGGCUGGUCCUUACCACCUUCAGCAAUCUUCGAGAGGAGCUUGUCCACCUUCAGGAUGACUUAGAGAAACAGGAAAUGAACAAGAUGCUGCUUGAGAAAGAUCUGUCUUUCAAAGAAGCUCAAGUAAAAGAAUAUGAGUUGAUGUUGGCAUCUGUGCGUGAGAAUAAUCGUCAGCAGCAGCAAGCCCUCCGCGAAUACACUCUGAAGUGCCGUUCCCUGGAAGAACAGCUGCUCUCCCUCCGUCACAACGACAGCGAGCGGGAAUUCCGGCUGAAAGACCUGGAAUACAGCAAGCGAGCCUUGGAGCAGGAAAUCCAGAACUUGAGACUCCAGGCUUCCACCAAUCCUCUGGGCCAGACCACCACUGAUGAACUUUCCAGCCGCUACGUAGAGAUGAUCAAUCAACUCAGAGAGGAUAAAGACCGAGAGAUCCGCACUCUGCGGUGCUCGUUGUCCGAAUUCCAGAAGGAUUUCUCAAGGAAGCAAGGGAGUGACACUGACCUUCAGAUGAGACUCCAAGACCUGAUCCUCAAGCUGGAGGAGAGGGAGGCUUGCAUCAAACGGCAGGAGGAG